AUGUCUGGAAAAUUUUCCGAAUCAAUUACUGGAGUGACACAACAACAACAACAUUCUAACUCAUCAACAAGGAGCAGUCCACAUAUGAAGGAACAAGAUAUGUUCAAUAGAUGGUUUCGUCUAACCUCGGGUAAUCAACAAGAAAUUGAAAAAGAUUUAAAACGAUUGAGCUCGAGAGCAUAUUUUGAUAAAUCUGCCACAAAUCAACCUGUAAUACCCGAUAUUCCAAGAAAUAUGGAAUUAUCAGAAUACAUUGGAACUUUGCUCAUGGUAGACGAUUCUGAUGCAGAUACUCUUUCAUUGUUGAAAAGAAGAGGGACUGAAGACCGUAUUCACGAGUUGGUUCUUAGUCAUAGAAGAGAGUUUCUCAAAUACAAAAAUGUAGAAGAAACAAUCAUAUCGGAAAUAGUGGAAUAUUUUGGACUCACACUAGACGAAGAGGAUGAAGUAUUUCUCGACAAGUCAUUCUUCUCAUCCAAAAAGAGAUCCUUCUCCCUCUCCAACAACAAGACUAACUCUAUUGAUAUUUGUGCAAUUAAGGACUUUACAUCAGAUUCUCGAGGAGCAAGUUUACUUCAUCGUGCUUGCCAAUUUAACAAAUUCAAACUGGUUUUCUUCCUGCUGAAAUAUGGAGGUCAAAAUGCCUUCUACGUAUUGGAUUCAAACAUGUCAAAUCCUCUACAUUAUGCCUGUAGUUCUGGAUCUAUUCAAUCGAUAACUGUAUACCUAGGAACCUACUCAAAGUAUGGUAAGCAAUUGGAUAUUUCUUCAAUGAGGGACAAUUUUGGAAAUACACCAAUUCAUGUUGCCAUUCAAAACUCUCACUUUGAAAUUUGCCAAUAUCUAAUCGACCAUCAACCUCAAUUAAUUAACUUGAAAAAGACUGGCUCUUCACAUUCAUUGCUGCAUCAAGUUGCAGAAAACUUUGAUUUGAAAGGGCUCAAAUUUUUAUUGGAAACUAAUGCCAAUCGAUCACCUUCCUUACACUCUCAAGAUCAAUUCAAAUGUACACCAUUCUUGCACGCUAUCAAGUGCUAUUCUAAGGACAGCUUGGAGGGAGAUGUGGCUCGUGUCACCAAGCUUAGUAUUGACUUGUCGAACAAUGAGGAUGAUUCAAACUUUGAAUCGUUGGGAAAUGAAAGAAAGUGGAAGAAACUUAGAGUCCUCUCCUACCUCUUGAAAUAUGAACAAAUGGCUCUGGAGAAACAAAGCGUAUCCAAAUUAUCAUCAUCUAGGGGAUUACUUAGCUCCAAGGGAAAUAGAUCAUCUUUAGCUAGCCAAGUUGAUUCUCAAAAACGAAAUUGUCUUCAUUUGUCUUGUCUCAAUGGAGGAGAUCACUGUGUAGAUUUUAUUCGAGUACUCUUUUUAACUAUAUCCGCCUCUGAGCUAUGUCAAUUACUGGAAGCCAAAGACUAUGAGGAGAAUACUCCUCUCCAUCUUGCCUGUCAUUAUGGAAAUAUUGAGGUUGCAAAGACUCUAAUGCAUGGAUUCCAAAUAUUGAAUGAACAUAAUAUUGUUCCCAGCUCAUUUUCUGCUCUGCAACAAUCAGAAAAUUCACCAACUCCAUCUACAACAAAUAGUGGAAUACCCUCCACUAUUGACUAUUCAAAAGUCUUCUUUUCUCUUAGAAACAAGAAGGGAGAAACACCACUUCAUGCAGCAGUUUCUGCACUUGGGGAUUUGAACAGAAAACGGAAUAGUAUCAUGGUGAAUGGAGCUCUUCUUUCAGAACCAACCUCUCCAACAUCACCAACAAACUCUAUUCCUGCCUCCUCUGGAAAGAGAAAGAAGAGUUUUGUUGAAAUUCAACUCAAGGAAAAGAAGAUGAAUAUCAUUUCUAUCAUUAAUUAUCUUUGGGGAGAUUCAAGAGUGGACAUUAAUGCAAAGAAUAAUAAUGGAGAAUCAGUUUAUGAACAAUUGAGAGAUCGAACAGAUUACUUUGAAAAGACACUCAGAGAGUUUUGUCCAUUAGCUGAACUUACAUCAGUGGUUUUGGUAAACAAAACUUGGCAUGCUGGAUUGACAUCAAGUGUUUGGCUUACACAAUGCAAAACACAUCUAGGAAAGGAAAUGACAAACGUCAAGUUACAAAGCAAAUGUGUGAAAUUAUAUAGAAAAUUAUUUGGUGAUGAUCAUCCAGUUAUCGAAAAUUUAUUGCUUUCCCGUGAUGAUAAAGAACCUGGUGCACACAAAGUGUCAAAUGUCAAGAAAGUUGACUAUCAUAAAUCAUUGAAAGGAUAUGUGAUUGGCAAGUUGAGAAGAAGAGAAGGAGAUGAAUUGAAGAAAUUGAUUCGUUUACCUCUUCAACUAGUCUUUGGCGAAGGAGAUGGAAGAAAAAUUGAUAGAAAAGUUGCAUUCGAAAGAAAGUGGAAGAAAGUAAACGAAUUCCUAAAAGAUGAGUUGAAAAAGAAACACAUUAGCUAUUCAAUCAGUGAAAUGUUCAUGAAAAGGGUGAAACGUGAUUUGAAUCUUGUUUUUAAGAAAGAUCAAAAAGCAAGUUUCGAAUUGGGAAGACGAAUUUCACAAGAAAUAGCCAGUGGUCAAUAUUUGCAAAGAUUUGGAGUUAUGAAAUUUUAUGAAUUGUUUCUCCAAUAUUUGGACAGCUCAUUAGUCUUAUCCGAUCAAGUCCAAUUGGUGAGAGAAAAAGUUGAGCUAUCAUUUACUGAAAUUGAAAUUUCCUCAUUCGAAACUUUCAAGGUUCUAUUGGAUUUUGCAGCCAAAUAUUGUCCUAAACAAGAGAAAUUCAUUAGAAAUCAUAUAGAGAAGGACACAACUAAGGAUUCCUCUUUGAAAUCAUUCCUCUUUGAGAAACCACAAAGAUUAAUAGGACAUUACUUACUUGAAAAAAGAGGAAUGAGACUUUUUGCUCAAAUAUCAGAUGGAUUCGAAUAUUUACUUGAGGAAUGCAAGUUUGUAAUCCCAAAUUUCCUUGUGGAUUGCUUGAUUUUUAAGAGUGAAAAACUUGCUAAUGGAAGGGGAUUGGCAAUAGUUGAUGCCUAUUCGAAAUGUCACAAUAUUCCAUAUUUGAAUGUUGAUUUUAUGGUGCAACUUAUUGCACAAUUCGGUAAAGUUGUUCCAAAGAAGGAAAUAUUGAAGAAUAUUGAAACUCUACUUCCCAAAAUUAAUGAUGAUCCAAACCUUCCUUUAAUUUUCAGAAUUACUGCCUGUAAUUUCGAUGGAUAUGUGGGAAGUGACGAUUUACUCGCACUUAUGAGUCUGUUAUGCAAAUUUUCUAAAGUGGUAUUUAAAGAGGAUGUUAAAGCUCCUUAUCGUGAUCCUCUCAUCUUUAUAGCAUGUCAAAUGACUAGUGCUUUUGGUACCUACAGUAAUGAAAAAGAAUGGGUAGAUUUAUUAUUGGAAUUUUUGAAUAAGGGAUCCAGAAAGAAAUUUAUGGAUUAUAAAACGUUGAAAAGUUUUGCCCAAAUAGUCGACUCUAAACCAUUCCCUAGGAGUGUUAGAUAUAUUCUGGUUGAUUACUUGGGUGAUUAUGAGUAA